GCUGGGUGGUUCCUUAGACAGACACGAAACCUAAUUAGAGCCUAUUCUCUCUAAGACCUUGCCUCUAGUGCGUACCCAGGGUGUAUGCCAGCCCCGAAACCCGGCUAAGCAGUGCAUUGUUCCCUGGGUUCUGAAGUGAUGGCUGCACUCUGCAGGCUAUAAAAAGACAAUCGGAGGGAGAGCCUGCCAGCAUCUCUCCAGCUCUAUUGGGAACACCGGGAGAGGACCCCUCUGGCUCGUAAAUUAACAAACGGCCUUCUGGUUUACACACCAGUGGCUCAUUGUGAGUUGAUCCCCUGGCCUCAGUGACCCCACCUGGUCUUCAGGAAAGCCUGGCUGUGAGAGCUGCAAGACUGAGCCCCAUCUUGAAAGCUGCUUCCCUGUGAAGGCAUCUCUCUUCAGGACUAAUGGCUCUACUUCGACUUCUGGUGUUCUGCGCCCUGGCCGCAUGCUGCGUGGCUCGCUCUCCUCCCCAGACACCCCUCGCCUCCUUUCCGCUUCCCCGGAGCUGUAACGACACGGAAGUACGGGCAGUCGCGGGCUUUGCCCUGCAGAGCCUCAACCAAGACCGAAAGGACGGCUACAAGUUGAGCCUCUCCCGAGUGCACGAUGUUUGGGAGCACUUCCAGGAGGACAUGGGAUCUGUGUUCUACCUCACACUGGAUGUCUUAGAGACUGACUGCCACGUGCUCAGCAAGAAGGCACAGAAGGACUGCAAUCCGCGGGUUUUGCACGAGUCGGUUUAUGGUCAAUGCAAAGCAUUGUUUCACAUUAACAAGCCAAGAAGAGUUCUCUAUUUACUUGCUUAUAACUGUACUCUUCGCCCAGUUUCUCAAAGAAAGAUUCAUUUCAUGUGCCCUGACUGCCCGGGCCCUGUUGACUUGUCGGACCCCAGAGUUCUGGAAGCUGCCACGGAGUCGCUUGCGAAGUUCAACAGUGAGAGCCCCUCAAAGCAGUACUCUCUCGUCAAAGUCACUCGGGCCACUAGCCAGUGGGUGGCUGGCCCUUUUUACUUUGUGGAUUAUUUGAUCAAAGAGUCAUCAUGUACCAAAUCCCAGGCCAGCUGUUCCCUCCAGUCCUCUGACUCUGCGCCUGUCGGUCUUUGCCACGGUUCCCUGAUUCAAGGACCCUUAGAAAAGUCUGUGUCUGUGACGUGCGAGUUUUUCGAACCUCAGGCUCAGGUCCCUGGAGGUGAGAACCCUGCUGUUACCCAGGAGUCCAAGAAACAGCCCUCCGCAGACGACGACGAGGCCCCUCAGAAGAACAAAGCCCCUGUCAGCUCCCCCUCCGUAACUGCUCCAAAAGGAUCUGUCCAGCACCUCCCUGACCUGGAUGCUGAGAAGCCUGAAGCCUCCAAGGGAAAGAGCCCUGGGGAAGCUGCCGAGGAAAAGAGUCCUGAGGAUGCCUUCCCUGUGCAGCUGGAUCUAACCACGGAUCCUCAGGGGGAGAAGCUGGAUGUUUCCUUCCUCUACCUGGGGCCUGAGGAAAAGAAGCUGGUGGUUUUGCCUUUCCCUGGAAAGGAAAGUCGCUCCACUGAGUGCCCAGGGCCCGCAGGGGAGACCAACCCUCUGGUCCUCCCGCCCUGAGAAUCACAAACAGGGCUCCCCAUAGCGGUGUGCACGAGAUGAGAGGUGGUGGGAAUGGGAAGGAGACAGAUGAUCAAAUGUAGAAAGGCGAAUAAAAUGCAUCCUCUUAUUGC